ACUCUCGUCUCACGCUCGCACACGGGCAGAGCAUGCGCACUCUCCGGCCGUAGGAAGGAGAGAGUAGCGUUUGUUAUUACGAAAAGCAUUACCUGGACUAUAGUUUUGGAAAGUGUUCUAUCAUCGUCUUCGUUUUUUUUCCGUGUUCGUAUCAGCUUGACUUUGCAGAGAAGUGUGGUUUUCUAAUCAAUUCUGAGCGAAGACUCGCCUUGUGAAGUUCCUCCGUCGGUGUACAUCGGAAGCACAAACUCCAUCAGAAGCGGCAUAAGGAAUUCCAAGACAUUCGAUUUGCUGGAAAACGGUUUUAUCUGUUUGUACCAAGGGAACAUAAUCUAAAUCGUCAAUUUGAUAACAUUUUACGCAGAAAGAUAUCUGAUUAGCAAUACCAUUAUAGCUUGGAGCAUAUAAUAAACAAAUCCUGGAGUGAUUGCAAGUGAGUGAUUCACUGUGGACGGUAAAAGUGACGCGUGAGAAGUGACUGGAUUCCUACCACCGCCAUGGGUCUCGGGAUCGUGGACAUUCUGUUGCUGACGGUAUCUGUGUUGGUGAGCGCGGUCAUCGGACUGUACCAGGGUUAUGUGGGGCGCCGCGCCACGCCCGAGUGCUACCUCAUGGGCUCGAGGAAGAUGAAGCCCCUGCCGCUGGCCAUGAGCAUGAUGGUAGGCACAGUGUCGGCUAUCACCAUCAUGGGCAACGCGGGCGAGAUGUACGCGUAUGGCACCCAGCUGUGGAUCAUGGACCUGGGCAUCAUGCUGGCGCUGGUCAUCAUCGCCAAGGUCAUGAUCCCCAUCAUCCACCCCAUGGAAGUCGUCUCGCUGUAUGAGUAUAUUGAGAAGCGGUUCAACGCGAAGUGGCUGCGGCAGGCCACCGUGGUGCUGCAGCUGGUGGGCGGCUACUUCUUCAUGGGCUUCCUGCUGUACCCGCCUUCCAUCGCCUUACAAGCCUUCACGGGGCUCGAUAUCCUCCUCAACAUCUUCAUCAUGGGCGCCACCUGCACUUUCUACUCUGCCAUUGGUGGCGUGAAGGCGGUAGUGUACACAGAUGUGUUCCAGGCACUAGUCAUGCUGGCGGGUGUUUUAGCCAUCGUCAUUAUUGGCUCUCUCAACGUCGGCGGCCUCGACACGGUGUGGGACAUCGCCUACCACCAUAACAGGACGGAGCUCUUUAACUUUGACUUAGACCCAUAUCAGCGACACAGCUUCUGGCUCUGCCUCGUAAUGGGCUUCUUCUUCGCUCUGGGAUCCUAUGGCGUCAACCAGAGUCAGACUCAGCGCUUCUUCAGCACCAGGACCGUCCAGGAAGGCCAGAGGGUGCUUUAUUACGCUGCGGGUGGAAUGAUAUUGCUGAGAGGGCUGAUCCACCUCUCGGGACUGGCCAUCUACGCCCACUUCUACGAGUGCGAUCCCCUGGCGGCCCCUGGGGCUGGCGAACCUGCUUACGUGGUCAUCCUCUAUGUGCUGACGGUACUGACAAGAGUCCCUGGUCUCGCCGGCAUCUUCGUAGCGGCCAUUUAUGCUGCUGUUCUUAGUUCUGUCUCAACGCAGCUCAACUCCAUGACAGCUUUACUGUGGGCAGACUUUCUCAAACCUCAUCCUUUCUUUGCUUCCUGGAGUGAUGUCAAGGCUGGAGCGUUACAGAAGGUUUUAGUCUUGCUCUCUGGGGUCGUGGCCAUCGUGCUGGGUCUAGUGGUGUCCAUGCUGGGCAGGUCCUUCCUGAGGGCGCUCUUCGCGAUCAACGGCGCUCUCUCAGGUCCUCUCAUCGGCCUUUUCGUCGUCGCCCUCUGCCUGCCGUGGGUUAAUCUGAAGGGUGCUUCGGCUGGUUUCCUCAUUUCCAUCGUCCUGAGCGUAUGGUUAGCUUUUGGUCAGCUGUUGACUCAGACCAAAGAACCUUACCUGCCCAUGUCCCAGGAAGGCUGCCCUGCCACCAACACCACCGAUGACAGCAUUACUACACAAACGGAGGCAGAGACUGAUGUCCACGUUAUCUACGGCUUGUCUUACUGCCUCAAUUCUUUCCUUGGGGUAGUUAUCUGCAUUCUAGUGGCCUUCAUCGUCACUCUGUUCACGGGCACCAACUCCCUGGAAGACGUAGACAAGAGGUACGUGAACGGAACAGCGUGGCGGCUCUUCGAGAAAUGGACCCUCAUCCAGGGCAGAGAAUCCCUCAUCAAGAAGCUCCUCCGACGCUCAGCCUCUGCUUCCGCGGAGAACAAGGAAAACAAGAAAGUGGAAGAGAAGGAGAUCGAAUUGGGAGACGCUGAGGAAAAGGAGAUUUUGCCAAGUAACCGAGAUCUGGCAGAGGUGAAGGCGGAUGGCGAUGCGGCGGGUCGUGGGGCCGUUUGAGUCGACUGUUUACUUUUUCCUUUAAACUGAAAGCACAAAUAUUGACACGUUCUUUUUAAGUGCAUGCAAAAACGGAGUUGAAAGGAGUGUUUGUGAUGAAUUUCUUCUUUCUUUUCCUGGUGUCGUAGAAGUAAAUAGGAGGGAGAGGAAAGCUUAUAUGAAGUGACUUGUGAAAGUGCAGUGGAAAAAGAAUGAAGGCAGGAAGACGAAAAGACUGGUGAAUACGAGACAGAAAGUCAAAUACAAUUUACAUUCUAUGUGUCUAAUAUUAAGGAAUAGCAAUUCUUGAAUCUAAUAUAUAUCGCUCUCUUUCCCGAUCUUAGAUUACAUCAUCAUCUGUGUUUGCGUGCGAGCGCGCGUGAAUGGUGUGUAUGAGAGAGAGAGAGAGAGAGAGAGAGAGAGAGAGAGAGAGAGAGAGAGAGAGAGAGAGAGAGAGAGAGAGAGAGAGAGAGAGAGAGAGAGAGAGAAACAGAAACAGAUAUAUUCGUUUGUAUGAUUGCGUGAGUCUAUGCGUGUGUUUCCGUGUGUCUGUCUGUCCAUAUUUAUAUAAAUGUAUAUACACAUUAGAUAUAGCAGAAUAAUUCUAUUCAUGUACAAAUAAUUUUGUCACUAGUGCAGUCUCUUAGUGUUAAGGACCAGUGGUUCUGCAACAGGCAAGAACUCGGGUUUGUUUCGAUCAAAUUUUAGGACAUUUUAACACGAAUGAAUCUCGUGAUAACUAUUGAUCAUUCUACCUAGAAGUGCUGUUUGAGGUUAGUAGCAAUAUUUCCCUUUUUCUUCAUUAUUUCAUGAAAAGAGAUACACCAAAGGAUUUAGUCGUUUCAUAAGAAUGAAUAUAGAAUCCUCUAUAUAUUUUUUUCCUUAAUGCUACGUAGCCAAACUCAAUUUAAACGACAGCGAUAGCCGUCACGAUUAGAAAAUCUAGUAUCUACAUUCUCUGAAGUUAACAGGGAUUUGUCAUACUCAGUUACCACGACAGGCCAGAUAUGGAUCUAAUAUCUCCUAUUAGUGGAGCAAUUUCGGCACAGUAAGCUCUUUAAAACAGAAACAAACAGUACCAAAGUUCUACUUAACAACUCAUUUCAACGUAGUAUUCCUACAGCUAAGAUCAAUCAGGUAUUUUCUUUUUCUUACAGGAUCACUUUAGCUGACACGUUCUAAGGAAAUACAAGUGAUAUUCUUAAAUGAAAACAAAGUUACUGAAAUCAAGUAAAUCAUGGCGUUUAAAUGAUUUUAAAAGCAAGAUCAUAUAGGUAUAGAAAAAUUGUAUCCCAAUAUUGAUUCACGUUCAGGCUUAUGUUACAAAUUUUGUUUAUUUUCUUUCCAAACCUUUUCUGAGAUUAGUUUAAGAAAAGAAAUGGGCAUUAUAAUUCAAAGUUAAUCUCAGUUUUUAUUUGAAAACUGUAACUGAUUGUAUUUUUAUAUUUUUAUACACGUUGUACUUAAGGUUAAGUUUAUAUUUAAGUUACGAGCUUAAAUGUAAAACCCAACAUCCUUGAAAUGUACUUAUAAACAGACUUUUACUCCCUUAUGAUGAAUAAAGGCAUUGAAAACUA